CUGUAAUCACUGUUGGGGAUUCCCUUCUCUGACAGAUUUUAUCUUUUUACUUUGCUGAUUGUGAACUAUUUUGAUUUCAUAAAUAAAAAUGGCUGGAUAUGGCGCUCCACCACCACUAGCCACAGGUCCUGGGACCAUGUGCAGUAAAGUCGAGAUCAGAAUAGAAUGCGAGGACCUGUUGAAUAAAGACACAACAUCCAAGUCGGACCCAUGUGCUGUUCUCAUGAUGCUGAGAGGAGGCAAGCACUGGUAUGAGGUUGGAAGAACCGAAAACAUCAAGAACUGCCUGUGCCCAAAGUUUUCCAAAGCCUUCACCAUCGACUAUUACUUCGAGGAAGUCCAGAAAUUAAAGAUUGCGGUAUACGAUAUUGACAAUGCAACACCAGAGCUUGAUGAUGAUGACUUUCUGGGCCAGUUGGAGUGCACGCUGGGACAGGUAGUGGCGUCUGCUCCCUACAGAAAACCACUGCUGAAGAGAAAUGGGCACCCUGCUGGCAAAGGAAAGAUUUGUGUUUUGGCUGAGGAAUUAUCUGGGUCCAAUGAACUUCUUUUAGUCAACUUCAGUGCUAAGAACCUGGACAAAAAGGAUUUAUUUGGGAAGUCCGACCCGUUCUUAGAAUUCAUGAAGAUUAGAUCCGACGGUGCUACGACUCUAGUCCAUAGAACCGAGGUAAUAAAGAACACGUUAAAUCCACAGUGGCGACAUUUCCAAAUGCGGACGCAGUCACUUUCUGGUGGUGACUACAACAGAACGCUUCAGGUGAACUGCUAUGAUUACGAUAGUGAUGGAUCACAUGACUUCAUUGGAGGAUUCAAUACGACUGUCAAUGAAAUGUUGGAAGCACAAAAGACGUCGAAAGAGUGGGAAUGCAUCAACCCCAAGAAACAAGCCAAGAAGAAGAGCUAUAAAAACUCUGGUGUCAUCAUAUUGAAUUCAGUGAAGCUAACCAAAGAACACUCCUUCCUUGACUUCAUAUUCAGUGGACUGCAGAUCAACUUUACUGUUGGUAUAGAUUUCACAGGAUCAAAUGGCAACCCAUCUUCACCCAACUCUCUCCAUUACAUCAACCCUUAUGCGCCAAAUGAAUAUAUGCAAGCCAUAUCUUCAGUGGGUGCUGUCUGUCAGGACUAUGACACAGAUAAGAUGUUCCCUGCCCUCGGAUUUGGUGCCUUCUUGCCUCAUUUGAACGACACCUCACAUGAGUUUGCCAUCAACUUCAACCCUCAGAAUCCAUUCUGUGCAGGCGUACAAGGAAUCGUAGAUGCGUAUAAGAAUUGCAUUUCCAAAGUGAAGCUGUCAGGGCCAACGAAUGCGGCGCCUAUUAUCCAUCAUGUGGCUAACUUUGCCAAACAAGCACAGCAAACGGAACAAUAUUCCUACUUCGUUCUCCUGAUGUUGACCGAUGGUAUCUUAACUGACAUGAACAAAACGAAAGAAGCGAUCGUCUACGCUUCUGGCCUGCCGAUGUCCAUCAUCAUUGUUGGUGUCGGCGGCGCAGACUUCAGCGACAUGCAGGAAUUAGACGGCGACGACGGUGUCUUGAGGUCACCGUCAGGUCACCCAGUGAAACGGGACAUCGUCCAGUUCAUACCGUUUCGGCAGUUUUCGAAUACAUCAGCUGCUGAACUGGCCCGUCAUGUCCUGUUUGAGAUUCCUGGACAAGUGACCGGGUACUUCAAGAUGAUCGGCAUGGCUCCACGACCGAGGUUGCAGUGAGGACAGGGGACUGGUCAUCAGAGCCGAAGCUCAUCCUUGUCUACCAGGGAUAGCGCGUUGUCAGACAAUGUAAAUGUGACCCGUCACAGCAAAAUUGUAAUUUCAAAGUGAAAUGUAGCAUUUUCAUUUUGCAUGGCACACCCAUCGAGAGAUAGAUCAUUUGAUGAGAAGAUUAUGGCUUGUGAACAGUGAAAGGUUUCCGCUUUGAAUGUGGAACAGAUGUCGGGUGCUUUCAAAAAUGUUGUACAAUGUAAACGCGCUAGUAUAAGAAAUUGUCUUUACUUUAUAAUUAUUUGUACAGUCUCCUCAUGAAGUGUAUUUAACAACAUGAUCAUGCUUCAAAUAAUUGUCUGUCUGUUCAUGAGGAGAAAUUUCCUUUAGUUUUGAUAUAUUCAGUGUAAGCAUCUCGGUGUCAAUUGUUAGGUCUAUGUCUGUAGGUGGCGCCACUGCUUGUAGAGUGGGUGAGAACGUUAGGCUCGCUAAAUUGUUGCUUUGUCAUCGGGAAAUUCUUCCAAUAUAAGCUUCCUGAUCAACUUUGGCGAAUAUUUAUACAGGUUUUUUUGUGUUUUUAUGAAAAAUUAUGGGUCAACGCCAGGGGUUCACCACAAUAUUCGCUGAUUUGAACACCUUCAGCGCAGGUGAAGUUAUUUAAAGCUGUGAACUACGCCAUCGCCAUCUUGAGGGCACGGUAGGAACUGAAAAGAUCUUCUGAAUUACGGCGUAGUUCAGAAGGUCUUUUCAGUUCCUCCCUUGCCCUGAAGAUGGCGAUGGCGUGGUUCUUUCAUGAAGUCCAUGAGACUCAGAUAACCAGCUCAAAGGGGGAGGGGAUUUGGGCCACGUAGAUCUACGUGGUUCGGCGCUACGAAAUUAUUAGGGUGGUGAAUAUAAAGGGUUAACAGAAUGCAUAUAUCCAAGAACAAGACACCCAUUGGAGAUUUGCACCCUAACGAAAUAUUGAGGUUUAAUUAACAUGGCGGCACACUUGGGAUAUUUUGUUAUUCCACAAUGAUGCGUCUGUCCUCUGAGGUGAUGGAAUAUUUUAAUUGCAUUUUAUUUGUCUACACUAUUUAUUUAUUGUAUACAACAGUCUUUCACAUGUUUAUCCAUCCUCUUCUGUAGGCGACUUAAUUUCUUGUGAUUUGAACUUCAGUUCAGAAAUAUUGAGAGAAAAAUGUACCGGUAUGCUUUAUGAGAAGCUACCAGACUUGCGGACAUUCAGAAGAUUUUCAUCUGAUUUACAAAUUUGUCAUCAGACCUUACAGCGCAUACUAUUUUUAAUCUUGUGGAGGCAAUAUAAACUUCUGUUUCAUGUGUCCGAGCUUUGACUUUGCAGAUCUUAAAGGCCUACGCUGCUUGUUAGAAAUUAGAAACUUGUAAUUGAAUUUGAAAAGUUCCAAUUGGGGAAAUACAAACUGAAUAAAACAUUGCCGUUGUGUAGAUAGAGAUACAAAUACUAUUGAUACGAAGUUUCAGCAAAUUCGUAUGCAUUAUUACAACACUAACAAGCAUUUCUAUUUUCUUGGAUCACCAGUAAUAAUAAACCAACGGCAUAGGCCUACUCUAUAAAAGUCAUAUAGGGUGUAUAUUUGCUCUACGGCUGAUUCUGUUAUGAAUGGUCCCUGUGCAUCAUCUACCAUAAGAAUGGACAGAUUUGUCAAAAUAACUUGGCAUUAUUAUUAUUACAUGUAUUAUGUUAAUAAAUUAUAAGAUAUUAUAUCAA